UUCGUGUAUUCUCAUCAGUUUUCGUUUCACGUACCUGGCAACACUGUCGGCAGAGAGCAGAGAGUGAAACGUCAAGACUGCUGUCGAAAUAUAACAAAGAAGAUGCUGUGAUUGGCGAAUCUUAACGUGACCUCAAUGCGCAACCAAUCAGGGAGUUUGCUUCAAUUUGCAGCAGGAAUAUAAUCUAUUUAAAAUGCUUAAAAUUCAUAUAAAAUGGUUUAUUUUAUAAACUUGAAUUUUAGGAUCCACAAAAGUAUUUUAAUUAAUAGAUAACAGGCUGUGAAUAAGGAAAGAGGUUUUUAUUGUAUUUAGAGGUUAGGUUCACAAAGUCACGUGGAGAGAUUUCUAAGCGUUUAAAAACAAAUUUUCAUUUUCCAAAAAUGGGCACCAAAAAAUCAAGUAAAAUAAAAAAAGAGAAUAUUAUUAAAAAGGACAAUUUUUCAGAGAUUUUACUGAAGUGGUUUAUUUUUCUACUUUUUGUGACGACUAUAAUUUGUUUGUUUAUUUAUUUAAAUCGCGUGCAACCGUAUUAUUUUAUCGACGAAGUUUUCCACAUUCCGCAAACCCUGAAAUAUUGUGCAGGAGAGUUUUAUGAAUGGAACCUAAAAAUUACAACACUUCCAGGUCUUUACUUGAUCACAACGGCAUUCCUAGUGCCGUUCGAUUUUUGUAAUACAACAUCAAUCCGAUCUACAAAUUUAAUAGCUACCUUAUUAAACUUUUAUUUAAUCAGCAAUCUGUUAUUUCACCUUCAGAAAGCCCAGGUGCAAAUUUCAAAACAUUCUUGGAUAAAUCUAAUAAGUUCUUACAACAUUGUAUUAUUUCCGCCUCUUUUUUUCUGGUUCUUUUUGUACUACACUGACGUUUUCUCUCUCACUGUGAUCCUGGCUAUGUAUUUAUUGUAUUUAAAAGGCCACAUAAAAUCAUCUGCUUUUUUAGGCUUAAUGUCAAUUCUUGUCAGACAAACUAACGUAAUUUGGGUUGUUUUACUUGCUAUCGAGAGAGGAUUAGAUCUUUUGGAACUAAAAGCACGAACACCUGUUUCCAUUAGCUCACGUAACACGCUGAAGCACGUGCAGUGGCUCUGGGAUAAUGUAAAAGCAGAAGUUCGAAAAGGUCCAUUGCCAUUUCUAAAGUUUGGUAUGGAACUCUUCGCCGCAUUGACUCCCUACAUUACAGUUGGGAUUUUCUUCCUGGCUUUUAUCAUCUGGAAUGGCGGUGUCGUAGUUGGAGAUCGCACAGCACACGUUUCAACUAUUCACCUACCUCAGUUCUUCUAUUUUUUCACGUUUACGUUUUGUUUCGCCUGGCCAUAUAUGUUACCCUUCUGGAAAGAAUUUCUAAAAGAUUUACUAGCACACUGGAAAAUCUCGAGUUGUAUUUUAUUUUUAAUGGCGGCGAUUAUUCACUCUAAUACUUUGGUUCAUCCCUAUGUUUUAGCUGAUAACAGACACUAUGUUUUCUACGUUUGGAAUUAUUUUAUGGGACGCUACACUUUCUUUAAAUAUUUGCUUAUACCUCUGCAUAUUUUCAGCGCGUAUGCUUUUUACAAAUGUCUCUCUCAUCUUAGAUUUUUGUCUCGAGUUUCAUUUCUUGCCUGCACUUUUUUAGUUCUUGUACCUCAAUUAUUGUUGGAACCACGGUAUUUUAUUGUUCCUUAUAUUUUAUUCCGACUGAAUUUACGAAAAGCGGAUUUGUGGCAAAUUAGUGUUGAGUCGAUGACAACGUUGGUAGUUAACUUCCUUCAAUUUUUCAUUUUUGUUAAUAAAGUAUUUUACUGGGAGGACCAGGAACACCCGCAAAGAAUUUCUUGGUAGUUUUAAUGUUACUGGCUUGUAAAUAUAAUGAGUAUAUUACAUUUUCUUCCUUGUAAAAAUAUGUAUAAAAAUAUGUGAAAUUAAAUAACUGUUUGUACAUCUAUGAAAGUUAUUUUAUUAA